UGUAAUCUCGUAAACGCAAUAUACGAUAAAUUGAAAGACAAAGAGACCAUGGAAGUAAUACAAGUUCUUCACAUGAACAAAGGGAAUGGCGAUACUAGUUAUGCAAAGAACUCAAGUGUUCAGAGGGAAAUCAUAUCUAUCGGGAAAACAGUCAUCGAGGAAGCUUUACUGCAACUCUCGGGCAACAAUGAUAUAAAAAGCAUGGGAAUUGCAGACCUGGGUUGCUCUUCGGGUCCCAACACCUUAUCAGUAAUCUCGGAGAUUAUGGACGUGGUUCGAGCAAAGUGUGGUCAUAUCGGCCGCCCCGUGCCGGAGUUCAGGCUUUUCUUGAACGAUCUUUAUAGCAACGAUUUCAAUUACCUGUUCAUGUCGUUACCGGCAUUCUACAAGAGGCUUAAAGAAGAGAAGGGAGUGGCAUCCCACUGCUUCAUAUCGGGUGUCCCGGGAUCCUUCUAUGCCAGAUUGUUCCCUACCAACACCCUCCACUUCGUCUACUCUUUUUCCAGUCUUCACUGGUUAUCCCAGGUUCCGGUAGGGCUGGAGAGUGAUGCCGUGGAGAAUUUAAAUAAAGGGAAGGUGUAUAUUUCAAAGAGCAGCCCUCAAAGCGUGUUGGAUGCGUACUCAAUGCAAUUCCAGGAUGAUUUCUCAGCGUUCAUAAAGUCACGUUCGGAGGAGUUGGUUCCGGGCGGCCGCAUGGUCCUUUCUUUCUUGGGCAGGAACGCCAUUGAUCCCGCAGCCGCAGAAGCUUGCUAUCAGUGGGAGUUGUUGGCCGAAGCGCUGAUGAGCCUCGUUAAAGAGGGUUUAAUUGAAGAGGAAAAACUAGAUUCCUUCAAUACACCUUACUAUGCUCCUAGUGCUGAGGAAAUAAAGGCGGAGAUUGAAAAGGAAGGGACAUUCAAAAUUGAUAGCCUGGAAGUCUUCGAUGUGGACUGGGAUGGAGGUGCCAUUACUGACAUCCAAACCCAACAAGGGAAAGCAUUGAUUGGGGAGCGAGUGGCUAAGACGAUCAGAGCUGUGGUGGAAUCCAUGCUGGAAUCUCACUUUCAAAUCGGACAAGAUACGAUGGAUGUUUUAUUCGUCAAGUUUGCAGACAUUGUAGGCACCUACUUGUCAAAGACCAGAACCAAGUACAUCAAUUUCGUGAUUUCCCUGGUUAAAAAGGGAUAAUCAAACCAACUUGGAAGCUCAUAUCCCAACUCUGUUUUUAUUUUCAUUGGACCGUUUAUUAGAUAACUUAUUAGGGUUAGAUAACUUAUUAGGGAAGUGAAUUUAAGCAGGCACGGACCUAGAGUUGA